AUGAUACUUUCCACACUAAGGAAGAAUGACCUAGUUAACAGGGCCACUCGUUCCAUGAAGGCGUCUUUCAGCCAACAUCGCUACGUAAGCAAGGAUAUAAAGCAUGGAACUGACUGCAGACAAGGCCUCCUUGCUGGGUGUAACCAGCUGGUAGACGCAGUGAGUGUCACCUUGGGACCAAAGGGAAGAAACGUGAUCAUCGCAUCUCCGUUCGGUCCUCCAAAGAUAACAAAAGAUGGUGUUACUGUUGCAAAGUCCAUUGAAUUGUCCGAUAAGUUGGCAAAUAUGGGUGCACAAUUGAUCAAACAGGUCUCUUCGAACACAAAUGACAAGGCUGGAGAUGGAACAACAACCGCUGCAGUACUUGCUAGAGCCAUAUUUCAGCGUGGAUGUAAACUUGUGGACUCUGGAAUGAAUCCCAUGGAUCUUCUUAGAGGAAUAAAUUUGGCCGUUGACAAGGUAACAUCAUUCCUAGACACUUUAAAGAAGGAGGUUACAACAGAUGAAGAAAUUUUAAAUGUAGCGACAAUCUCCGCAAAUGGAGAUAAGGUAGUUGGUAAACUUAUUACCGAUGCCAUGGGAAAAGUUGGAAAGGAAGGAACUAUAACUGUCGUAGAAGGAAAAACCUUGAAUCAUGAGUUGGAACUUGUAGAAGGAAUCAAAUGGGAUAAGGGCUACAUCUCACCUCAUUUCGUUACAAAUGUGAAAGAUAUGAAGGUGGAGUUGGACCGUCCAUAUGUCCUCCUCUGCAACGAAAAAGUUUCCAAUGUCAAAACAAUUUUGCCAAUUUUGGAACACGUGCUCCAACAACAAGCUCCACUUCUGCUUGUAGCCGAAGAUGUCGAUGGAGAAGCUCUCGCUGUAUUGAUAGUGAACAAACUUCGUCUCGGUAUUAAAGUUUGCGCUGUGAAGGCUCCAGGUUUUGGAGAACACAGAAAGGCAACACUCUUGGAUAUAGCCGAAAUGACUGGUGCUACCGCAGUUGGUGAUGAUAGCUCAUUCUCCGGACAAUCUGACAAUAACUACGUCUCGUUUUUGGGAAGAGCAAAGAGUGCAACAAUUACAAAGGACCACACUAUCAUUGUUGAAGGUAUGGGCGAUAAGGCUAGGAUCGAGGAAAGAUGUGAAGGAAUUAGAGCACUGAUCAAAAACUGCGAUUCAGAGUACGAAAAGGAUAAGCUUAAGGAGAGACUUGCCAGAUUAACUGGGGGAGUUGCAAUUAUUAGAGUUGGAGGAGCUAGUGAAGUGGAGGUUAACGAAAUAAAGGAUCGUGUAGAAGAUGCAUUGUGCGCAACAAAGGCUGCUGUUGAGGGUGGAAUUGUUCCUGGUGGUGGAAGCGCACUUUUGUAUGCAUCAAAAGUGUUGGAAGGCCUCAAGACCGAAAACUACGACCAAAAGGUCGGAGUAGACAUUGUAAAGGAAGCUAUCCAAGCUCCAGUAAAGCAGAUUGCUACCAACGCUGGAUAUGAAGGAGCUGUAAUUGCAGAGAAUUUACUCAAGGCUGGAGACCAUCUCCAGGGCUUUAACGCGCAAACUGGAAAGUACUGCAAUAUGUUUGAUGAGGGAAUCUUGGAUCCAACAAAGGUCGUAAAAACCGCCUUGACCGAUGCUGCCUCCGUAGCAUCUCUCAUGACGACCUCAGAGGUCGCAAUAUUCGACGCUAAAACUGAUAAACCAGAGGAACCCGCGCCAAAUCAGCCUCUAUACUAA